CCCCUCCGGACAGCGAGGCCAUGGCUGGGGACGGCGCCCGGUGCCGUGUGAGGAGGCUCUGCCGCAGGGUGACACCCGGGUGUGUUCUCCCUCCAGCUCACCUGCCAGAGCUUUCAGUGCUCUGGGGAGAGGUGCUACCAGGACGGCGCCCGUGCCAACGAAACGGUGACCUGCCAUAACGAGACUCACUGCCAGGUACGGAGGGGCAGGGGCCUGCGACAGGGACAGUCUGUGUUCCCUUUCUUUAUACCAGGAACCCACAGUAUUAAGUCUGUGUCGGUCUCCUGCUUCUCUCUCCGUGGCAGUCUGUCAGUUAUUUCUGCUCCUUCGUAACAGCAUCUCUUCGCACUCCUAGCGUUUUUUCCUUUGGCUCUGCUGUUGCAGCUUUAUCGUUUCUCCAGCACAAACUACACAGCCGGGUGCAGCAGCGCCUGCGGCACGGAGCUGUGCAGGCCCAACAGCAGCGUCAGCACGCAGCCCUGCGCCCUGGACUGCUGCGCCUCCCCGCUCUGCCUGCAGCUCAAUGCCAGCUCCUACGGUAACUGCCCGCGGGGUCCCUGGCGGUGGUGCCAGGUCUGGGGUGGAUCCUGCUGCACAGGAGGGGACGGGAGGACAAAACCCGCUGCAGAGGGCUGGGUCGCUGCACCCCCUCUGCCCGGGGGCUCUGUCUCUCCCUGGGAGGGGGGCGAGGGGCCGCAGCGGGAGCCACGCUGGUGAGUCUGUCCGGCUGUGGGGGCUCCCCCGGGCCGAGUGCUGGGCGCAGCCUCAUGGCACUUCUCGUGUGUCUGCAGGUGACCUGCCGCCCGCCACUGCGCCGCCUGCGACCACCACCACACCCCCCCGAGCUCCCCCCCGAAACGGGAAAGUGUGUGCAGCGUUCUCCUGUCACGGGGACGGAUGUUUCAGAGGCAAGAAGACUGUUGGUAGAUGCCUUGUUGGGCAGGACUUCUGUGAGGUAUGGCCUUGGCCUAAAGAGCAGGACAGCCCAGGAGCUGGGGAGUGCCCAGGGGCCUGGUGGUUCCUGCAAUGCCAGUAGAAAGGUUUGCCAGGAGCCCCAGGCUAACAUCUCUCUCCUCCUUCCAGAUGAAGAAGACGGGCUUGAAUUAUGUGGCGGGAUGCAGCAAAGCCUGCAAGGCUGCCAAACCAGCCUGUGCCGGGGGGAUGAAGGCUGCCUGUUACCAGGAGUGCUGCCCAGCGACCCCGAGAGCCAGCUGCCUGAAACUGGAUGGCAAAGUCCACAUCAACAGCGCCGGGCGGGUGACUCUGGCCCCGCUCUUGAAGCUCAUGGGGUGUGGGGUCGUCCUUCUCCUGAAUUACGGGGUCUCUGCUCCCCUCGGGGGGUGAGCGGCUGUCCAGGUCUGCCCUCCAGCAGCGGAGCUCCGCAGCGCUCCUUAGGACCCCUCUUGCUCUCUGACUUCAGCCAAGGCCGCUCUCAAACCCCCUCUGUUAGUCCCCGUCCCAGGAAGGAGGUGGCCCGGCUGCGGGUGGCUGCUGCUCCCCCUGCCCGGGCGACUCCGGGCCUCCGGCUGCCGUGGCCGCGGCUGCAGGUUGCUGACGGGCUCUGGGCUCCGUUCCCGUUGUCCUGCAGCACCACGUUCCCGUUCUGCUUCGAGAAGAGGCUGCGGGCGUCUGCCCAGGGGUUGCCGCUUGGCGAAGGGCAGGUCCCAGCUGCAGGGUGA